UAUUUUUCAUUUAAUUCAUUUCGUGUUGGACAGUGGUAUUGACGUUAUGGUUGUCUGUGCCUUUUUUUCAGUGAUGGAUAGUUGUAAUUUGAGUCGGAAUGCAGUGGGCAGGAGCUGAGCGCCACGAUGCGGCUGGUAAACCCAACGCGCCCUCAGAUACUUCACAUGUUUAGUGCCGCUCAACGACAACAGCGUCAAAUCAAACCGUGUUGAAACUACAUAAAACUGCAUAAAAUGGGCUUUAUUCCCCUAGUGCUGCUCGUCGUAGUGUCCUCUUUGCCGCUUUACGAGACAGUAUAUACCGGACCGUUACAACCGGAGAUGUCCAACGGGACUUUCCAUCACUUUUUCGUACCGGACGGAGAUUACGAGGAUAACGACGACCCCGAACAAUGUCAAAUGCUUUUUAAAUUCUUAGACAGGCGCACGUGCGGAGAGCAUCAGGAAGAAACUUAUUCGAUGGUACGUGACGACUUUAUAAUCGUUAAGCACCAAAUUGAAGACGCCGCAAGGAUGCUGGAAAGCUUAGGAAGAAGUAUAUCUCACGACCUGGACGGAGAGGACAGCUAUGGAAAGUUUCUCAGAGGGGAGAUCACGCAGAUUACUGAAGCUUUCACUAGUGUAGAGAAGUCUCUACUCGAGUUGGAGGUAAAGUUCAAAUUAAGUCAAGACAAUGACGUGAGAGAAGAAAGCCAGCUCAAUGACUACAUCCUGAAGCCUAUCCACGAAGUUAAAGACGCGAUGAGGGAGACAACGGAGAUAUCGACUGGACUCAGAGAUAAACAUGAACUGCUAUCUCUCAUUGUUCGUAGCCAUGGGACAAGGUUGAGUCGCCUCAAGACGGAGUAUCUUAAUGUAUAGUGACGUUUUCAUUUUAUCUGUUAUUAAGCAUAUGCUUAUAAAAGUGUGUGUGUGUGCGUGCGUGCGUGUGUGUAUGUUAUGCGACUAUGACUUUCCAGCCCAAUAAACAGCUGGAGACUUAA